AUGAAUACCACCCUCAAACCAAAAAUCGCCUUCACGAACUCUAAUAACCUGGUUAUUGUGCAGGUUAUCAAAUGCAAGGCUGCUGUCGCUUGGGAGCCAGGGAAGCCCCUAUCAAUUGAGGAGGUGGAGGUGGCACCACCACAGGAUCAUGAAGUUCGCAUUAAGAUUGUCGCUACUGGAGUGUGCCACACUGACUUCUACUCUCUAUACGAAGCGGGUGAAACAAAGGGAUUCCCUGCAAUUCUGGGACAUGAAGGAGCUGGGAUUGUAGAGAGUGUUGGACCAGGAGUGACCAAAUUCAAACCAGGAGACAAGGUUAUCCCUCUGUUUGUUUCCCAGUGUGGGGAAUGCAAGUUCUGUUUGAGUCCCAAAACCAACUUGUGUGAUAAAAACUGGAUUAGCCAGGCUGAAGGUUUGAUGCCUGAUAAAACGUCCAGGUUUACCUGCAACGGGAAGUCCAUCUUCCACUUCAUGGGGACCAGCACUUUCUCAGAGUACACUGUAGUGGCUGAUAUCUCCGUGGCCAAGGUGGAUGACUCUGCCCCUCUUGAUAAAGUCUGCCUGCUCGGCUGUGGCAUUUCCACUGGGUACGGAGCUGCACUCAACACUGCCAAGGUUGAACCUGGCUCUUCCUGCGCUGUGUUUGGUCUGGGAGCGGUGGGUCUUGCCACUGUGAUGGGCUGUAAGGCAGCGGGAGCCUCUCGGAUCAUUGUGGUUGAUAUCAAUAAAGACAAGUUCAUUAAAGCAGAAGUGUUUGGAGCAACUGAGUUUGUCAACCCUAAUGAUUACAGCAAGCCCAUCCAGGAAGUACUCAUUGAGUUGACUAAAGGAGGUGUGGACAAUUCCUUUGAGUGUGUGGGCAGUGCUACUGUGAUGGUGAGUUCAGCCUGGUCAAUAGAAAGGCAAAGGUCCUUUUGGCCUACAUUUUUUGCAUAUAAUGGAGAACCUCUUAUCAAGUAGUGAUACUAAAAUCCUAGAAGAGUCAUUAAUGAUCAAAUCUAUUUCCAGAGAGCUGCCCUUGAGGCGUGUCACAGAGGCUGGGGAACCAGUGUUGUUGUUGGCUAUACAAACGUGGCAGACAUGUCUACACGACCGUUUCAACUAAUAUAUGGACGAACAUGGAAGGGAACAUAUUUUGGAGGAUGGAAGAGUGUAGAGAGUGUACCUAAGCUGGUGAAUGAUUACAUGGCAAAGAAAAUGAAGCUGGAUGAGUUCAUUACCCACACUCUGCCCUUGGACCGCGUUAAUGAGGCAUUUGACCUGAUGACCUCUGGGAAAAGGUAUUAUGUGCACACUUGGCAAGCUAGGUACAAUAUAAGCAUUCUAGCUGAAUUGCUGCACUAUUGUCCUUGUGGA